AUGAAACGACUGAGAGAUCCCGCGCCAGGUGGCGCCCUGUUAGCAGCUUCAGACCUCCCCGAGUUCGUGGCGCGCAGCCCGCUGCUGCAGAGCGCGGGGCUGGCGCAGGCGGACGUGCAGCGCGACGCCGCGGCGUGGGGCGCGCUGGGGGGCGAGCUGGCGCUGCAGCUGGGGUUCGUGGGGGCGCAGAGGGAGGGAAAGGCGCAACUGGAGGAAGCUCAGCUGCGGCGCAUCUUCCAGUACUACCUGCCCGUGUUCUCGUGGUGCUGGCGCCAGCUGCAGCAACAUCGACGCCAGGCGCAGGGCGGCAAGGCGGCACCCACUCAGGCGCCGCCCCUCGUGAUCGGAAUCAGUGCCCCCCAGGGGUGUGGCAAGACAACAGUGGUGGAGUCCCUCGAGCACCUCUUUGCCGUCACACACUGCACGGCAGCAACGGUGUCGAUCGAUGAUUUCUACCUCACCGCACAGCAGCAGGCUGCACUGCGCGAGGCUCAUCCCGGCAACCGCCUGCUUGAGCUGAGGGGCAACGCCGGCUCACACGACCUCGCUCUCGGCGUCUCCACACUCUCCGCACUCAAGAAGGCCACAGCACCUGGCACCAAGGUCCCUCUUCCACGCUACGACAAGUCAGCCUUCUCCGGCCGGGGCGACCGCAGCCCCGAGGCAGGGUGGCCGGCAGUGGAGGGGCCGGUGGACGUGGUGCUCUUUGAGGGCUGGAUGCUCGGCUUCCACGCGCUGCCCGCUGAUAAGGCUGCUGCCAUCGACCCUCAGCUGGGCGAGGUGAACGAGCGGCUGCAGCAGUACCGCACGUGGCACGACAUGGUGGACUCGUGGGUCAUCAUACAGGUGGCGGACGUUGAUUGGGUCUUUGACUGGCGCCUGCAGAUUGCUUUACCAUAUUCGCCUGUGCUUUGCAUACCUCCCCUCAUCCUUCCCAUGUGCUGCGCCCAUGGCCCUCCACCCAUGGCCGUCCACCCAUGCCCUACCAUCAGGCGGAGGUGGCAAUGA